CUGAAAAUGUCCAAAACAAGGAGCCUAAAUGAGACGCGCUCAUUGUUCACCAUCAAAGAUCAUUUUCAUAAAUUUGUAGAACGACUUAAGAAGACUCUCAGACUUUCAGCUUCCAACGACGAUCACGGUGUUGCUAAGCCGUUAUAUUUGGAUGACUUACCAGAAGAAUGUAUCUCAGUCAUUAUCUCUUUAACAAGUCCUCAAGACGCAUGCAUCUUCGCUUCGGUUUCGAAAACCUUUGAAUCGGCGGCCAAAUCAAAUAUUGUAUGGGAGAAGUUUAUUCCGCCUGAGUAUGCAUCUCUGGUUCCUCGGCCACAAGAUUACUCAUCGAAGAAGGAUCUCUAUUUCGCAUUAUGUGAUGAAUCUGUUCUAAUCGAUGAUGACAAAAAGAGCUUUUGGGUAGAGCAAGCGAAUGGGAAAAGGUGUAUCAUGUUAUCAGCGAUGAACCUCUCAAUCAUGUGGGGAAAUAUCCUUCAUAGUUGGAAACAGAUUCCAAAUCCUCAAGCUAGGUUUGAAAAAGUAGGGGAGCUUCUCGAAGAACGUUGGUUCGAGAUUCGGGGUAAGAUAAACACUCGUGUCCUAUCUCCCAAAACUCGUUACUCGGUCUACAUUGUGUUCAUGAAAGCAGAUAUAUGUUAUGGUUUUGCGGAUGUGGCAAUAGAAGCUGUAGUUGGAGUGGUGGGACAGUACUUACAGGAAUCUUCAAGAAGAUAUCUAUGCUUUGAUGAGGCUAUGAAGGGGUUUUUUCUGAGAAGGGAGAUGGAAAAGAAGAACUUAGUGAAACCAAAGAGCAGAAAAGAUGGGUGGAUGGAGUUAGAGCUUGGGGAAUUCUUUAAUGAAGGUGGAUUAAUGAGUAGUGAUGAAAUUGAGAUGAGUGUUUUAAAGACUAAGCGGCUCCAUUGGAAACGUGGUUUGAUCGUUCAAGGAAUUGAAAUCCGUCCUGUGAAAAUCCGGUAAUGAAUGCCAAAACACUAGUUAGAUUUUUACAUUCAGCCGCUCAUCGAUCUAUUGGUAAUGUUAAUUGACUAUGCCAUAGAGUGAAGAAGUAAUUUAAUUUGUAUUCGGUUAAAAGUUAAACUCCAAUGUUGUAGUUUUUAGAUGAGAUGUAAACCGGUUUCCUACAAUGGAGAG